CUUUGCUUUGGUCGGACCUUACACGCGCCCGUGUCUUAACAACACAGCCGAGACUACAGACGCCCCUCCAAGCGAGCAUCGACCCGAGAGGAACACGAGAUGAACUUUAGGGUUCCUCCGAGAUGGCCUCUUCCGGUCCAUCACCACCGCUUCCUCCUUCACGGCCUUCCCCUCCGUCGCCGGUUCCACCCAACCACUAUCCUCAGAAACUUCAUCGCGGUUCGUUCGUCUUCCUUCAGCGCCGGAAGCUCCACUGCCGGCGGCGGCGGACGUGAAGGCAACUUUCUUCUAUUACCUGGUGCAACAAUGGCAACCAUUCUUAUGCUUGGUUUUCUCCAUGCUAGGCGCAUGUAUGAUGACAAGAAGGUCGAGGACUUGAAAGUGAAAGGUAUGGAACAAGAAUUCUCACCUGAUGCAAAGGCUGCAUUCUUGAGGUUCGUGCCCUUGCGUUCAGUCUCACGCCUGUUGGGAUACUUGAUGAGUGUGGACAUUCCAGUACCGCUUCGGCCUUUUAUCUACAAGGCUUGGUCUCGGGCAUUCCAUUCAGAUUUGGAUGAAGUGGCUCUGCCUCUGGAAAACUAUGGUUCUCUUCAGGAAUUUUUUGCUCGCUCACUCAAAGAAGGGUCAAGACCUGUUGAUUUAGAUCAAAAAUCUCUGGUCAGUCCUGUAGAUGGUAAGAUUUUGCGUCUUGGAGAACUGAAAGGAUCCAAUGCUAUGAUUGAACAAGUCAAAGGUUUCUCAUAUUCUGCAUCAUCACUUCUUGGAGCAAAUUCAUCCCUUCAUGAGGCAGCCAAUGAGGAUAGAAACAACCAAUAUCCUGAGCAGAGUUUAACUGAAGAUUCAAGCAGGAAAUCAUGGUGGCAUAUAUCAUUUGCUUCACCAAAAGUGCGGAAUCCUGCAACAUGCCCAAAGAAAGGCAUCUUUUACUGUGUGAUAUAUUUAAAGCCCGGAGACUAUCAUCGAAUCCACUCGCCUGUAGAUUGGCAGGUUCUUUUACGCCGUCAUUUUGCAGGUCGUCUCUACCCUACAAACGAACGUGCUGCACGCACAAUCAGAAACUUAUAUAUUGAGAAUGAAAGGGUUGUUCUUGAAGGUCAAUGGAAGGAAGGCUUUCUAGCUGUUGCUGCCAUAGGUGCUACAAAUGUUGGAUCUGUCAAACUCUUAAUCGAACCAGAGCUGAAGACGAACCGGCCAUUGAAAAAGUUGUUGCCAUCAGGUACCCCAGAUGAGCGAGUAUAUGAACCUGAAGGUGUUGGUCUGAUGAUCAAGAAGGGGGAAGAGGUGGCCGCAUUCAACAUGGGUUCAACAGUGGUACUUGUUUUCCAAGCUCCAAUAUCAGAAUCGCCAGAAAAGAUCAAAGCUGGUCCAGAGUUCAAAUUUUGUGUCAGAAAUGGGGACAGGAUCAGGGUUGGAGAAGCCAUUGGGAGGUGGGGGGAUCCUUAGUGCUGGUGUCAAAAUGUAUGUAUCUGUUCAGUGGCCUUUCACCUCUUAUUGCAUUAAUUUUAUGGUGUGAUUGUUGCUGAUGUUACACUUCGCACUCAAAAUCUGAUGACAAUCCUCUUGACUAUACUCAUGGCUGGAAGUUUAUGUCAAGUAAACUCCUGUGCUUUUUUACUUCUGGAGUCAAUUUUGUAUGACAUAUGUAGAAUAUGGAAAGUUGUGAUAUGAAAUGAUUCCUCUUGUGCCCUAA